AUGCGCAUAGUAAUAACACGCACAAAUAAUAAGGGUUGGAAGGGUAAUUUACGUACCUGCCGUACUGGGUGGUUAAACAAUGAUAAUGCAAGUAUUAUGAGUGAAAUAGUGAGAAAUGAGAGGCCACUCGGUUACGAGUACAUCGGCGAAACGCGUAGAAAUGGUGGUGUUGGUGAACUGAGAACGUCCAAAGGCCUAACUCUUCUAUCCGGGAAGGUAAAUGGGGAUGACGACCUUGAAUACAGCGUCGCUUUCUUCCUCUCUGACUCCGCAAAAAGUAGUCUUUUGGACUGGAAACCCAUCUCAGACCGAAUCAUUUGGGCCCAUUUCAACUCCGGAAGACCGUAUGCGGAGGAGACCAAGGAUGACUUUUACAACGCUCUAAAUGCCACAUUUAAAGCUAUUAAGAAAAAAGAUUUGGAUUAUGCCGAUGACCUAUAUCUGCUAAGUCACACACAACGCGACAUACGAUCCAAGUUGGACGACCUGGAACGGGGGAUCUGCUUGACUCCAAAUCAACAUCCAUCAAAAGAAAUGCGUGUUGGAGUUAAGAACCGCAACCCAUUGAAGAUGCGUUCUAAUUUGUUUACCUUGGAAGCGUCGUGUCCAGAGUGA